AUGAGGGAGAUAAAGGUGCAGAAGCUGGUCCUCAAUAUCUCUGUUGGCGAGAGUGGAGAUCGACUCACCAGAGCUGCGAAGGUGUUGGAACAACUGAGUGGCCAAACCCCAGUGUUCUCCAAAGCAAGGUACACUGUUCGUUCCUUUGGGAUUCGAAGAAAUGAAAAGAUCGCGUGCUAUGUCACAGUUAGAGGUGAUAAGGCAAUGCAACUUUUGGAGAGUGGUCUGAAGGUGAAGGAAUAUGAACUUCUCAGAAGGAACUUCAGUGAUACUGGCUGCUUUGGCUUUGGUAUUCAGGAGCAUAUUGAUUUGGGAAUCAAAUAUGAUCCUUCAACUGGUAUUUAUGGAAUGGAUUUCUUUGUUGUUCUGGAGCGUCCUGGCUACCGUGUGGGGCGUCGCCGAAGGUGCAAGUCCCGUGUUGGAAUUCAGAACCGUGUGACAAAGGAUGAUGCGAUGAAGUGGUUCCAGGUGAAAUAUGAGGGAGUGAUCCUUAACAAGUCUCAGGCAAUUGCUUAG